AUGUAUUGCUUGUAUAUUUACUAUAAAAUCUAUCUAUCUAUCUAUCUAUCUAUCUCUGCUUUAUCUGACUUUCUCUGUUGUUGCAUUCUGUCCUCUCUGUGUACCCCCCUCUCCCUGUAUAUAUUUCCCAUCUCGCCCUCUCGUUCUCUCUCUGCCUUUGCUCUCUCAAUAUAUAUCUAUCUAUUCACCCCUUUAUAUAUCUAUUCAUCCAUAUCUUUCCAUAUCUAUCUAUCUAUCUAUCUAUCUAUCUAUUUAUAUAUCUAUUCAUCCAUCUAUCUGUCUAUCUAUCUUUUAUAUAUCUAUUCAUCCAUAUCUAUCUAUCUAUCUAUCUAUCUAUCUAUCUUAGCCUUUAUAUAUCUAUCCAUCCAUCUAUCUUUCCAUAUCUAUCUAUCUAUCUAUCUAUCUAUCUAUCUAUCUAUCUAUCUAUCUAUCUAUCUUAGCCUUUAUAUAUUUAUCUAUCUAUCUAUCUAUCUAUCUAUCUAUCUAUCUAUCUAUCUCCUUUUAUAUAUCUAUCCAUCCAUCUUUCCAUAUAUAUAUCUAUCCAUCCAUCUCUAUCUAUCUAUCUAUCUAUCUAUCUAUCUAUCUAUCUUAGCCUUUAUAUAUUUAUCUAUCUAUCUAUCUAUCUAUCUAUCUAUCUAUCUAUCUAUCUAUCUAUCUAUCUAUCUAUCUGUCUGUCUUAGCCUUUAUAUAUCUAUUCAUCCAUAUCUUUCCAUAUCUAUCUAUCUAUCUAUCUAUCUAUCUAUCUAUCUCCUUUAUAUAUCUAUCCAUCCAUCUAUCUUUCCAUAUCUAUCUAUCUAUCUAUCUAUCUAUCUAUCUAUCUAUCUAUCUAUCUUAGCCUUUAUGUCUAUCUAUCUUCUGUUAAUUAUCUAUCUAUCUAUCUAUCUAUCUAUCUAUCUAUCUAUCUAUCUAUCUUCACUUAGCUCUCUCUCUCUCUCUCUCUCUUUCUCGCUCUCUCUUUCUUUCUUUCCUUCUCUCUCUCUCUCUCCCUCUCUCUUUCUCUUUCUCUCUGCUACGCUUUCUUUCUUUUUACGCUAUGUAUGUGUACGUGUGCUUCUCUUAUAUUCCUACAUCCUUUUCAUUUCAUUUAAACCACAACAGACAUGCGCACGUACCUAA